AUGAUUUCCACUUUGACAUCAAAGUUUGACUAUUUCAGCAUAAAAAUUGAAGGCUGGAACCAUAGUCACAUCCGGCAAAAGCAUCUUCUGCCGAAUAAAUCAAAACGCGUUCAACAAAGGGCUUUUAUUGAGACAAGAAUUGUGGAUUUAAUGCCUUUUUUGAUUCGGAAUAUUAUUCAGGCCAAAUUUAUUCGUUUUCUCCCAGAAUGUGGUGUUUGGCAACAUAUUCAGAUUCAAAAAAUUGUCCCUCCAAGAAACGGCUUCUACGCUCCUUACCAUAGCUAUUUUAUUAUCACGCCACUCAUUUGUGCCAUGUGUUUCUUAGUCAUUUAUGAUACCUGGGGUCAAAACAAGUCAUGGAUUGUACAAAGAAUGUUUGGAUUUAAAACAGUAGGAUUGCUUAAGGUUAAAUGCAUUUCAAUUUGUACUGCUCUUGUACUGCCUCUAGAGAGGAAGCCGUUUACUUGCCAGCAUAACAGUAAAUAUUUUGCGCAUCGAAGUGAUUUAAACAUGCAUAUUUCUGGGGUUUAUCAAAGCAAAUUACGUAGUUCUCAAACAAAAAAAAUGUGUGUGUUUAAAUUACUUCGCUGCGAGGAAAAUUUACUGCAAUGUGGUCAAGUAAGUGGUUUUUUCUCUAGAAUGGUUUAUAUAAAAGGCAAUCAAACCCAUUAUUUGAAAAUUACUUAUUUCACUCUUGUGAAACCCAGAGAUGUGCCUUUGGCAAUCGGACCGUUGUUGUCUUAUCUACAUCAACAUCGUAGCAAUCCUGAUUAUUGUGUUAUUGCCAAGAUCAAAAUGUUUUGCGCACCUCAAUGCCUAUGUAAGGCGCACGCUGCAGAAAAUCUUUCCAACGGAAGUUUUGACAACGAGUUUGUUUUCGUGUGGGCUGAACAACCUUUUCCCUCUUUGUUUACAGUAGAAUGCAGUGCUUGUAAAGUAGUGCUGGAAUCGUCCGAUCACUGGCUCAAUCUAUUUAAGUGGCUUGGGAUUUCUUGGUGUGCAAAAACAGCCUAUAAUUUCAAGUCAUUUGUUCACUUCUCUGGUCUUAUAUCCUCUUCACCUCUCUUAAAUAAAUUGGAGUCAAUUAUGCGUUUGGAAAUAUUAAUAAAGCACUGA